AUGGUGGGAGGAGGAGAAGGCGUGGUGAGAGGAGGAGAAGGCAUGGUGAGAGGAGGAGAAGGCGUGGUGAGAGGAGAAGGUGUGGUGAGAGGAGGAGAAGGCGUGGUGAGAGGAGGAGAAGGCGUGGUGAGAGGAGGAGAAGGCGUGGUGAGAGGAGGAGAAGACGUGGUGAGAGGAGGAGAAGGUGUGGUGAGAGGAGGAGAAGGCGUGGUGAGAGGAGGAGAAAGCGUGGUGAGAGGAGGAGAAGGCGUGGUGAGAGGAGGAGAAGGCGUGGUGAGAGGAGGCGAAGGCGUGGUGAGAGGAGGAGAAGGCGUGGUGAGAGGAGGCGAAGGCGUGGUGAGAGGAGGCGAAGGCGUGGUGAGAGGAGGAGAAGGCGUGGUGAGAGGAGGAGAAGGCGUGGUGAGAGGAGGAGAAGGGCCUUAUUCGAGUGCAGCACGAAAGGAGGCCGCCGCGAGACGCGAAAAGGCAGCGAGGGGAGGCAGGGUGAAGUCGACGACGCAGGCUAAAUGCGCAUGUGCGGGAAGGCGAGAGGAGGACACGUGUGGAGGUGAGAGUCGCACGCGCGGGGAGGCGAGAGGAGAGCGCGGGGAAGUAAAAGUCGCGCGCGCGGGGAGGCGAGAGGAGCAGGCGUGGGGAGGCGAGAAGAGCAGGCGCGGGGAGGCGAGAGGAGAACGCGUGGGGAGGCGAGAGGAGAACGCGCGGGGAGGCGAGAGGAGGCCGCGUGUGGAGAAUGAGGGCUGUAGGGGAGGAAACAAGGGCGUGCCCAGAAGGGGAGAAGGCGUGGUGGGAAGGGGAGAUGGCGUGGCGGGAAAGGGGGAUGACGUACCCAAUCGCGCGCGGCGAACGGCGGACGGCGAGCUAGGAGUGGAGGAAGGGACGGGAUGCAAAUGCUAG